AUGAGCACUGGGCUGAGGUGUGUGAAGGUCUUGCAGACGGGUAUCUGCACUUUUAUCGAAGAGCAGGAUGUUUUCCAUGCUCAUGAUACCCCGGUUCUCAAUGGAUUUUUUGGGGUCAUCAAGGAUGAAUGGACGAAGGAUGGUAAGAGGGUCUACGUGGCGUCCCGUGUUUUGCCAAUGGGGUUUCUCAACUCCGUAUCCCUGGCGCAACACGUCCACCGCAACCUGGCUUUGACGGCUGGAGCGCGGUACGGGGACCGGGAGUGCAACGCUCCUGAUGAACGAGAGUUGAGGAAAGAUCGGGUGUUCCCGCAGGGGGACACCUUGUGGAGAAUAUACCUCGACAACUAUGACCUCCUCGAGAAGGUAGAGGCUACCCAGAUGGGAAGCCUUGAGGGCAGUGUGGCGCCCGGGGUACUGGCGCUUCGCCAGGAGUAUGAGGUCUGGGACAUCCCGCACAAUGUCAAGAAGUCCGUGGGACGCAGCGCGAGGUGCGAGGUGCAAGGCGCAACAGUGGAUGGCCUCCUUGGGGUCGCAUACCCGCGGGAGUCCAAGCUCGCAAAAUACUUCGGCAUGGCGGUUGAUCUCUGUGGACGGGCAUUUGCUACCCAAAAGCAAUGGCAAGUUGUGUGCGGAGGUUUGGUAUACAUUGCGAUGUUUCGUCGCGCCAUGCAGGGAGGCUUGAAUCAAGUAUGGAAGCACAUCGAGAGCUACGAGCAAACUGGUCGGCGUUUUCAGCGGACACCUCCUGAAUGCAUCAUGGAGGUCCUCCGAUUGCUGGGGUGCUUACCCUUGGCACGGAUGGACUUCCGCCAGGACAUGAACGAAGUAGUGACCUUCAGUGAUGCAUCAACUUCGGGAGGUGGAAUGUGUGCCAGUGUGGCAACUUCGCCCUUUGGAAAGAUGGUGGCAAAGGGUGCCCUUCGAGGCGAAUUGGCAGAACACCGGCCGGAGCAUAUGGUGCUCUGCGUGGGCUUAUUUGAUGGCAUCGGGGCGCAUUUUCCAGGUCUAGUUGCCCUUGACCUGGUAGAAGAAGUGACCAGUGAACGGGUUAAGGAGUGGAGCACUACUUUUUCGCAAGCCAGCCUGGUCCUGCUCGGGGCUGGCCCGCCCUGUCAAGGAGUCUCGGGACUCAAUGCAGACCGCCGGGGAGCGCUCAAAGAUUCGCGGUCGUCCCUGUUCAGCCAUGUUCCCCGUGUACGAGAUCUCUUGCGCAAACUUUUUUGCUGGUGCCCAGUUUAUACUUUCAUGGAGUCAGUGGCCUCCAUGGAUGCCAAUGAUCGGGAGGCCAUGUCGCAGGCCAUCGGGAUGAAUCCGCUCUCCUGUAAGCCUGCCCGGCCUGGCCGGAAGCCCACCGGCAUCCAGAAUUGCACCCCUGAAGAGUUGCAACGGUGGGAUUUGUCCCCUCGGAAGAUGGACUUUUCUCCAACCACUGCCUAUGUCAAGGAAACGCUGCCUGGAGCUGCUGUGAAGGUGGGUCUAUGGAUGCGAACGGCCCAGAUGGUCACGCUGGUGCUGAGUGUGGCCGCCUGCAGUUGGGGCACCAUCUUUUGGCGGAAACUCAGUGACCUUCCGAACUACUCGCAAGAGCGGCCACUGAUGUUCAACGCGGAGAAACUCAGAAAUCUGAGUCAUUUAGUGUUGGUAGCAGGACAUGCCGUGAUCCUGGCAGACUCCCUGGAGCACGUGGUGCAGAAGGAAAAACCUGGGCUUGUGCUGGGACUUCGACGUGCGGAUGAGAUCGACAUGAAGCGUGGGAUGAUUUGUGUGGAACUGACGGCGGCUGACCCGGAGGCCUUGCUGAUCUUCUCGGGUGGCCAGACCCGGGCGGCUGCAGGGCCAAGGGAUGAAGGCUGGAGCUACUACCGUUUGGCCGAACAUUUCUCAUGGUGGGGCCAUGGUGGCACAUCUUCCCAGGUCAGUGCCCGGUCUGGCGCCCUUCGCGGCACCGCUCGCCUCGACGGCCUUGGCACGGAUCGGUCCCUCGACGGCAUCCCGGUGGCGCAGCGGACGGUCACGGAGGACUUCGCGCUGGACUCGUUCCAGAACCUUCUGUUUUCCUUUUGCCGCUUCAAGGAGGUGGUUGGACAUUAUCCGCAACGAGUCACCGUGAUCAGUUUCGGCUUUAAGAAGCGCCGCUUCGCUGAGCUGCAUCGCUCUGCCUUGCGCUUUCCAGCCUCGAGGUUUUCAUUUGUCGGCAUUCAACCACCUCCAGGUUCACGCUUUGAUCUGGCUAGGGCUAAGCAGGGCGAACUGCAGAACUCGCUGCAGUUGUUCGAGUCCGAUCCUUAUGGUUGCCAUUCGCAGAUGCUGGUGGAGAAGAGAAGAGCUCGAAAUCCAUUUCAGCGCACCGCCCCCUAUUUGCUCUCCUGCCACUGGUCGUUGUUCGAUGGUUUUUUUUUGUCCCGAGGAUCGGAUGGGCUCUUCAGCUGGAGGGGUUGGACAGAAUCUCUGAGAUGCCUCGACUUCUGA